UGUCACUGCAGGACAUUACAAUGAGAAAAGCCUUCCGGAGUUCCACAAUUCAAGAUCAACAGCUGUUUGACCGCAAAACUCUGCCUAUUCCUUUGCAAGAAACUUAUGACAUUUGUGAACAGCCUCCUCCGCUUAACAUUCUCACCCCUUACAGAGAUGAUGGAAAAGAAGGUUUGAAGUUUUAUACCAAUCCUUCAUACUUCUUUGAUCUGUGGAAGGAAAAAAUGUUGCAGGACACUGAGGACAAAAGAAAAGAAAAGAGGAAGCAGAAGCAGAAAAAUCUAGAUCGCCCUCAUGAACCAGAGAAAGUGCCAAGGGCACCUCAUGACAGACGGAGAGAGUGGCAGAAGUUAGCCCAAGGUCCGGAGCUCGCAGAAGAUGAUGCUAACCUCUUACAUAAGCACAUUGAAGUUGCUAAUGGCCCAGCUUCACAUUUUGAAUCAAGAUCUCAAGCCUAUGUGGACCAUAUGGAUGGAUCAUACUCACUUUCUGCAUUGCCCUAUAGCCAGAUGUCUGAACUUCUGAACAGAGCUGAGGAGCGAGUGUUGGUCAGACCUCAUGAACCACCACCACCACCUCCAAUGCAUGGAGCAGGCGACGUGAAACCUGUGCCUCCUUGUGUUAGUUCCGCUACUGGCUUGGUAGAAAAUCGUCCUCAAUCACCAGCAACAGGCAGAACACCAGUGUUUGUGAGCCCCACUCCUCCUCCACCACCACCACCACCUCUUCCAUCUGCUUUGUCAACUUCAUCCUUAAGAGCUGCAAUGACUUCCACUCCUCCACCGCCAGUCCCACCUCCUCCCCCGCCUCCCACGGCGGCUCUGCAGGCCCCAGCUGUGCCACCCCCACCAGCUCCUCUCCAGAUAGCACCCGGAGUCCUACAUCCAGCUCCACCUCCAAUUGCUCCUCCCCUGGCACAACCCUCUCCUCCUGUCACUCGAGCUGCCCAGGUGUGCGAAGCUGUACCAGUUCACCCAGUUCCUCCACAAGCUGAAGUACAGGGACUUCCCCCACCGCCUCCACCACCUCCCUUGCCUCCUCCUGGCAUUCGACCCUCCUCUCCUGUCACCGUUGCAGCCCUUUCUCACCCUCCUCCUGUUCUGCACCCUCCUCCCACGACCGUUGUCCCUGGCCCUCAUGCCCCCCUAAUGCCCCCAUCUCCACCGUCCCAAGUGAUUCCUGCUCCUGAACCCAAACGCCACCCUUCAACUCUUCCCGUAAUCAGCGAUGCUAGAAGCGUUCUGCUGGAAGCAAUACGGAAAGGUAUUCAGCUACGCAAAGUUGAAGAGCAACGUGAACAAGAAGCUAAACAUGAGCGCAUUGAGAAUGAUGUUGCUACUAUACUUUCUCGUCGCAUUGCUGUGGAAUACAGCGAUUCAGAAGAUGAUUCAGAAUUUGAUGAAGUGGAUUGGUUAGAGUAAAAUUCUUACAUUGCUGUACGCUGCAAAAUCGAAUGCUAAUGUCCAUUGUGGUGCUUGUUCUUUGAAAGUUUGAUGGUCAUUUCUGGUGUUUUUUGUAUUCUUUUCUUUACAUAAUUAAUCCAUGUUUUUCUACUUUUCAGUUUACAAAAAGCUCCUAGUGCAUCUUUGAAACUAAAUGUUUUACAGUGGCUUUUCUUACACAUCUUUUUUGAAAGAACAUACUUUGUUCCAGUAGACCACUAAGUAUUAAGCAUGGGCAGCUGUUGGUAGAGUAGCAGUUUCAAUUUUUUGGCAUAUCUUAACUGUGCACUUUGUGAAUUUUAAGUUAAUGAAGGCAACUGAGAUUGACAUUCCAAAGGCAGCUGUGUAUGUACUAAUGAGCCUUAUUCCACUUCUGAUAGUGUUUUAAAACAUUAAACCUAGCUAUCAAGAUAUCACUGCCUCGAUUACAUCUGUACACUAAAAGUACAUAUAGUAGCAGCACUGAACACACUGAAAGGAAAAUGGAUCUUUUGGGGGGGGGUAUUAUUGUUUUAUUGUUGUUUUAAAAUAAUUAUGGCCUUAUUUGAAUGUUUAGAGAUUCCCCUUCCCUUCUUCCCUCCCAGGUACAUAUUGUGUGGUACUAUUUUUGCCUGCAUAAUGAAAGUUUAAUUUUUUUUUUUCCUUGUGAAAUCUUUUGACUUAAACAUGCUGUGUAACUUAUGUAACUGUUAAAAUAACAGUUUGAUUUAAUAAAUGGUUCAUUUUAAAUGUU